GAAGAAGUCCUCAGUAAAACAUCCAUCACUGCUCUAUUAAAGCUGAAGAUGGACAUAUCGUGCUGAAUCCUUUCGACUGUGGUAAGAAGAAAAGCUACGGUAGGAAAUUCUGCUUCAGACGUGCCCACUCAGCACCACGAUGUCUGGAAAGGGUAAAGAUGGUGCUGAAGGUAAUGCCAAUUCCUACAUUUCAUGCCACAUCAUAGACUCUGAGUUUCGCUACAACCUCUUCACUGUUUUCUACAGCAUCAUUUUCAUUCUGGGCUUUGUUGCCAACUGCUAUGUGCUCUGGAUUUUCAGCCGUAUUUACCCCACCAAGAAACUCAAUGAAAUCAAGAUAUUCAUGGUGAACCUGACAGUAGCUGACCUGCUCUUCUUGGUUACGAUGCCAAUGUGGAUUGUUUACUAUCACCACCAUGGAGACUGGAUCAUGCCUCCAUUCCUCUGUAAUGUGGCUGGCUGUUUAUUUUUCGUUAACACCUACUCUUCUGUUGCCUUUCUGAUGAUCAUCACAUACAACCGUUACCAAGCUGUGACUAAUCCCAUUAAAGCUGCUCAGCUUACCACCCAGAGAAGGGGUAUCUACUUAUCAGCAGCUAUCUGGAUCAUAAUAGUGGGCAGCUCUUUGUAUUACCUUUUUGAGAAUAAUAUUAAUCAGGAGGAGAUGAAUUCGAAGAAUUUCACACGGUGCUUUGAGCGCUAUAACUCUUCUAGCAGUGUUUCAGCUGUUCUCACCAUUCAUGUCAUCAUCUGCAUCUUGUUCUAUAUAAUUUUCCUUUUUAUACUAGGCUGGAACAUCAUCAUUAUCAGGACCCUGUUCUCCAAAUCAGUGCAGCCACGCAAGAGUGCUCAUGUCAAGCAAAGGGCGCUUUGGAUGGUUUGCACAGUGCUGGCUGUGUUCAUCAUAAGCUUUGUACCUCAUCACAUAGUGCACCUGCCCUGGACCCUGACUGUUCUGGAGCAGUGGAUGAAGGAAAACUGUCAGUUACGCCAACAACUCAAUGAUGCUCACCAGGUGACUUUGUGCCUCUUGAGUACGAACUGUGUGUUGGACCCAAUCAUCUACUGCUUCCUCACCAAGAAGUUCCAGAAGCAUGUUUCAGAAAACCUGAAAAGCAUGAAAGGGAGCCGCAAGUGCUCCAGGCACACCACGGACACAGUGAUUGAGGGCACCAUUCACCAAGAGGAUGUCAUCAGGAUCUAG